AUGUCCAGCUUCGGCAUCUUCAACGGAGGCAAGAACCCUAACGCUGCCAACAGUGAGGUAUUAGACGCAUUGACGGGUGAGACCGCGCCGGCGCUGCCGCGUUGGGAGCGCAAAAACUUUGUCGACUUUGCUGCACCCAAGCGCAUUGUGCAACAGACCGGCAAGCAGUACGGACGGAUCUGCCCGAGUUGCGGGGAGCCCUCGGUCGUAGGUGCAUCGCAGAUGCGUGUGCUGUCGCUAUUCUGGGUCGUCCCGGUGUGGCCGGUUGGUCCGCAGAAGGAGAUCUGGGGGUGCGGGCGGUGCGGAUGGCGGCAGGAUCGCAAGGGCGGCCCCGAGCCAAAGAAGCAGGACCUCAGCGAGGCUGCUCACCCUGUGCUACUCGACGUUGAAACUACCAAGCGCGCCGCUGAGGCGAUCGAGGGUAAAGCGCUCGAGCCCAGGCCGCUCCCCGAAAUGUCAGAGGAGCCCCCGAAGGGCCCGAAGGAGUAGAUGAGUAUCGGUGGGAUAUUAGGGCGCCCCGUAACAACAGGCGCUCUGCAAGAACAAAUUGAAUGUCCG